GCAUAUUAAUCACCAAAUGGGUAUUCAUUUGAGCAAAAAUACCGGUAACUCGCAAGAGAAGCGAACCAAUCAGAGGAUGGGUAGAGUCAAUAUGGCGUCGUUCAGACCUGUCAAAGUCAAAAACUAUAAGGUUUGAUAAGUUUUAACCAAAAAAAAAUGGGCCCCUGAGACAAAUCUCAGCCCAUUCUAAUAGCGUACAAAUAUUAACCUCUAUGAAAAUGGCGAGUAACAACGAAAAUAAUAGGAAAUCUGCCCUCUCGGUGGAACAAAGACUUGAAAUUAUGCAGCAACUGGAUAGCGGAGCAGCUAUUACCAGGGUAGCCGCGAAAUAUGACGUUCAUCCGGCAACAGUUCGCCGCAUACGGCGAAACGCAGGGGCAGUGUGUCAACUCGUAGAGCAAGGUGUUGAAACGAGAAGACGGAAAAAUCUGCGAAAGCCAGCCAACGAAGAACUGGACACUCGCUUGUACGCUUGGUUUUUAGAGCAGAGGACGCUUGGGGAUCGUAUCACGGAUUUGAUAUUGCUGGAGAAAGCGAUAGAACUGAACAAGGAGUUCGGAGGGCCGUCAACUUUCAAAGCAAGCAGAGGUUGGUUGUGGAAUUUUAAGAACCGCCAUGGUAUUCGUUUGUCGAACUACUUUAGCGAACACGGGGAUGCAAAUGCAACAGCCACGCAGCAAUUAUUUGUAGAGGAUUUCACUCGACGGCUGGUGCAAGAAGGAAUCGAGUAUGAAAAUAUUUACAAGAUGGAGGAGACUGGUCUCAUGUGGAAGGCGCUUCCCACGAGGACUUUGCAGAGCGAGGAGAAAGAAGCGGAAGAAACGAAGUUGGCGAUGGAUCGGGUAUCAAUUGGCUUGUGCGUUAAUGUAACAGGAACGCACAAGCUUGUGCCACUGUUUAUUCACAAAUACAAGAAUCCAAGGGCAUUCAAACAUUGCAAGGAUCGCCUUCCUGUAGUUUUCAAAUCGCAGUCACAGGUAUGGAUGAAUCAAGAAAUAUUCACUGAUUGGUAUCUCAAUCACUUUAAACCAGCAGUGAGGAUGCAUCAAUCGAUGACCAGCUCCUGUGGAAAAGUCAUCCUUCUCUUGGAUAAUUAUCGAGAGUACAAUCUACCCAAAGAGAUUCAGCAAGAUGAUCACUUUGAAAUCAUAUUCCUGCAGGCGAAUAUCACUCCUCUCCUCCAACCUAUGAACCAUGGAGUAAUUGAAGAAACCAAACGAUCCUACCGCUGUAAAAUGUUGCGCAAAGUGAUGAAUUAUCCAGAUGGAGUGCAACAGUUUUAUUCAGAUUAUGAUCUCAAGGAUUGUAUAGACUUGUUGUUCGAGGCUUGGACGGAAAUAAGCGUCACAUAUAUUCAAAACACAUGGAGAAAUAUCAUUAAACAAAUCCCUGAAGAGGUUUUGAUAAAAGAAGAGCCAGGAGAUCCAUUGGAACCUAAUCUACAGGAUAUCAUUAGCGUAAUUAUAGGGGAACAAGCAUCCGAAGAAAGCGUUAAUGAUUUUUUGUUGAAGUGCAUGGAAGCUGAGAACAAUUUCUUUGAAGAUGAGGGCAUAGGAGAAGAUGAAGAUGAAGAUGCUUUGAAUGGUGACAACGGGAUGUCUUUACUGCUGGAUACGCAAACUGAGGACGAUGAAAUGAAACGAAUAUUUGCGAAUUUAAUUACAUGGUCUAAAGAAGAACCAGAUUUUAUUAAGUUACAUGUGAAGUACUUGAAAGACUAUUACGAACAAAAGUAAUAACAAUAUAUGUGGACUACAAACAAGCCAUUUUAUAUAAGAUUCUUACAGACCAAACAAAGUUGUGAUCUUUAAGUUAUGAAAUGAAACUUAUUGUCUUUAAAAUGGGCACUAAAGAACUAUUAAAGUUCUAUUAUUAUU